AUGGCAACACCAUAUAGACGUCCAGGAACUACAGUUGGUCCAGGCACCACUCAAACUCAAGCACCUGGCUAUGUUUCAACAACUGGCUAUGCAUCAAAUUCAGGUUUAUCAUCAUCCUCUUCUCAUUACCAUUCACCACCACCACCACCACCACCAUCAUCUUAUCACUCACCAUCCCAUCACCAUCAUUCAGCACCAACUACUUGCAUUCAUGGCCCAGGUUGCCACCACAAUAAAAAAGAAUUGGACCUAAAAAAAGAAAAAGAAUGUAAAACUCAUCACCAUCAUAAAGAACACAAAGAACAUAAAGAGCAUAAAGAACAUAAAGAACAUAAAGAGAAAAAAGAAAAGAAAAAGGAUUUUUUAGAGAAAUGGGUUGAUGAUUUAAGAAAUGAAGUUAGAGGAUCAGCACUUCAUAAAGAUAAAGAUAAAGAGAAGGAUAAACAUAAACAUCAUCACCAUCAUGAUCAUCCAAAAACUACAACAACCACAACAACUGUAACAUACCAUUAUACAACUACACCUCCACCUCCACCACCACCAACAGCCUAUCAUCAUCAAACAACAGCUUAUUCAUCACCACCACCAGCACCAUAUAGACCAACUCCUACUCCGUCACCAAUUCCACCCCCACCUUCUCAUUCUUAUGCUCAUAAAAACUUUUGUUCAGGUUGUGGUUCAAAAAUUUUAGUUCAAACUGCACGUUUUUGUUCAUCUUGUGGAAAACCAAUUUAA